GCCUGCACAGACACUGUUCCCAACAUUUUCACCAGCAGGCGAGUGUCACACCGUUGGGUUUGUUCCGCGCUUGCGAUUUGCGAAUCGGAUAACGUCGAUCUGUCGUUCCGGAUGCUCUCCAUGGUAGUUAAGCACUUCAUUGAUGAUCUUUCGCUUGUUUAAUUAUUCACCUUUCAAGGGGAACCAGAACUGAGGAGUAAUCAGAUUUCUCUAGCUGGUUGUUAUGGACAAAAUUUUAGAGUUUGGGAGGAAAGCAUUGUUCUAUGUUAGGGUCCUCUCAGGAUAUGAGGAAAGAAGGAUUAGAUCGUAUAGAUUGCAACUUCAACAACGACUUGAACAGAAGCAAGAAAGGAAGGCAGCAUUGAGAAGGAUCCCGGAGCAGGUUAUUUUAUCAGAGGUUCGCCGUAUGGUUGAGGAGAUGCAGACAGUAAAUCGGAAACUUGAAGAAACAGAGGCUGCUAUUGAAGAGUACUUCAAGCCACUGGACAAGCAGGCUGAGCUUAUAAUGAACACACAGCUUGAAGGAGAGGAAAGGAGAAUGAAGGAAAUGAUGAAGGCCAUGCAUGAGCAGGCUGUACCUGAGAAAGUUGAGGCAGAGAAGAUGGCAAAAGUGUGCAAUGUGGAUUCAGACCAACAUCACAACACAGCAUCCUCUCUCGACAAAAAAGGUGGUGAGAUGAGUUGAUUGUGAAAAAUUGUCAACAUUAUUUGAGAAUAAAAAUGUAAGCAAUACCCAACCUCACUCUGCUACUUUGAGAACAUUAUUAACAGUCAAUAGAUGUGAUUUUUUGUUCAGGUAAAGCGAAUUUCUCCCACC